AUGGGGGAAGAAAGAUUAUCAACGACAUUAGUAAGCAAUGGCCUUCGUGACUUUAAAGGCAGAAUUGCAGACAAGGAAACUACUGGAAGAUGGAAAGCUUCUCCAUUUAUCAUUGCGAAUGAGGUGGCAGAGAAAUUAGCUUACAUUGCAAUAGUGGUGAACAUGGUGCCCUACUUUGUUGGCGAAAUGCAACAGCCACUGCCAACAGCUGUCAUGUAUGUGACUGCUUGGAAUGGAGCCGGCUAUGUCACUACUAUUUUUGGAGCAUUUCUAGCCGAUGCUUAUAUUGGUCGAUUCAGGACCAUUCUUAUAUUUUCUUGCGUUUAUGCGUUGGGCUUGUUGCUAUUGACUCUCUCAGCCUCCGUAAACAGCCCCCGGCCACCAUGCAUGACAGAACCAUGCCAACGGUCAACCGCUGGCCAAACUGCAUUCGUAUAUGGUGGAUUAGCCCUAAUGGCUCUUGGUACCGGUGGCAUGAAGCCCUGCGUCCCAUCAUUUGGGACAGACCAGUUCGACGAGGCAGAUGGGAAUGAAAUGCAAGAAAAGUUUGCAUUCUUUGACUGGUUAUACAUGUCAAUUAACAUAGGUGGAUUUAUUAGUGUAACAGUACUGGUUUAUAUACAAUCAAAAUGGGGAUGGGGUUGGGGUUUUGGAGUACCUACUGCUGCCAUGAUUCUAUCAAUUGUCAUGUUACUUGCUGGUUUACCCUAUUAUCGUUUCCAAAAGCCUAUGGGAAGCCCUCUAACCAGAUUUGUCCAAGUCCUUGUUGCUUGUCUAAGGAAUCAUUUCAAUGGAGUUAAGGUUGGGGGUGAAUCCCAGCUUUAUGAGGUUCAAACUACUGAAUCUGAUAUUAAUGGUGCCCGCAAGCUCCCUCGUACCGACAAAUACAAAUUCUUGGACAAGGCAGCAGUGGUAACAGAUCCAGAAGGCAAUCUUAAGAAUCCCUGGAGACUGUGCACAGUAACUCAAGUAGAAGAAUUCAAGUCUCUUAUUAGUGUUCUACCACUAUGGGUAAUUGCAAUUGCUGUUUCCAUAUCUUAUUCUCAAUUGACCACAUUUUUCGUUGGUCAAGCCAAGGUCAUGGACAGAAAAAUUACACCCAAUAUCGAAAUCCCUCCAGGCGCAACUCCUGUUGUCAAUGCAAUUAACGCCUUCAUUAUUAUACCAACUUAUGAAAAGCUUAUCGUCCCAAUCCUCCGCAGUUACACUGGCCACCCCCGCGGCAUCACCUUAAAGCAACGCAUCGGUGUUGGCUUCUUUAUUUCAAUCUUGGCUUUGGGCUCUGCUGCUUUGGUCGAAAAACAAAGACGUGACAGUCCUGACCCAUCAAAAGUGAGCGUACUAUGGUUGUUUCCGCAGUUUUUUUUAUUAGGCACAUCAGAGUUCUUUGCCUUUGUUGGCCAAUUGGAAUUUUUCACUAAUGAAGCAACUGACGGGACAAAGAGCAUUAGCAGUGCUGUGUUCCUCUGUCAAUUUGGGGUGGCUAAUGUGCUUAGUAGUCUGCUUGUUAAUUUCAUCACUAAUGCAAGUGGUGGAGAGAAGAAAGGAUGGUUAAGGGCUGAUCUUAAUAGUAGCAAGCUUGAUUAUUUCUACUGGAUAUUGACCACCAUCAAUGCAAUUAGCUUCUUGCUCUAUCUGUGGGUUGCUCGGUGUUACAAGAGUAGAAAUAACUCGGAUGCAGGUGCCAACCGUGUGAUUGAAAUGGGCGACUCUCAGUCUGAGAAAAGAGAAGAAGAAAGACCUCUUCGUUUAUAA